UCCGGAGCGGCCACUUCCACUGCCAGGAGACCGGUGAGCAUCACCUCACCCUGGAAAAUCGCUGCUUGUGUUCCAGUGCUGUGCAUCUCUGCGGUCCUGUGUUGUGAACGGCAGGAGCAGGCGGAUGCAGUGCUGUUCCUGGACACUUGGGUCGCAGGUACUCAGUGACCAGAGCUCCAGAGCUGGGAGUGAGCCUUGAGCCGAGCAUAGCUGGGAUGUGAGCUGGGACCGCUCUCUGCACCUGCCCCCUCUGCACGUUCACUGUGCUUACCCACGUGCUUCAUCUGGUUACUGCAAAGCCUGUAGGAGUCCCAGCUCAUUCUGUUCAAGGCUCAGAGUACACCCUUGUGUUCCCCAGGCAAAGAGUAAAAGGAAGGCACCAAUUUGUCUGUUUUAAUUUUUUGCCUGGAGUCUUUGCAAUGGAUGAUGGAGCAGAGUCUCUGAUGACUGUGCAUCUCCUCACCCAUUUGGGACACUCAUUUCCUCUGCAGCAGACUCUGGAUCGGCUUUUGGAGUGGCUCUGCCUGGACAUUCGCCUUUUCCUGGUGUCUGAGCAAAUUCCUCCCCUGAAAUACUACGAGAGAUACCGCAAGAGGAGCUGCAGCUUUCCUGGAAUAUCCAUCCUUCUUUUUCUGCACGAGGGCUUGGGAGAAGAACGGAUUUUCCAGGUCCACGAGCAAUUCCAGCGCCCUCCCUGGCGGUACCAGCGUGCCCAGUUUGCUAAUGGGCAGAGCCCCCGCUAUGCCCCAUCCCACCAGGACUUCUAUGGCCUGGAUGAGCAGCUGCCCGUGUGGGGCAUCCGGCGGGUGCGCUGCGGCCCCGAGAUCCUGCGGGUCACCCUCUACUGCAGCUUUGAUAACUAUGAGGAUGCAGUGAGGCUCUACGAGAUGAUCCUCCAGAAGGAAGCCACUGUGCAGAAAAGCUCUUUGUGUGUCUUCGUGCUGCACGCCACCCCACACGUGGCCGUGCAGCUGUGCCUGAAGCAGCUGCCCAUCGGGGUGACGGCCGAGCCCCCCGACUCGUCAGCCUUGCAGUUCAAGGUGCAGGAAAUUGGGCAGCUGGUGCCCCUCCUGCCCAACCCCUGUGUUCCCAUCAGCAGCACCAGGUGGCAAACACAGGACUAUGAAGGAAAUACAAUUCUGCUCAAGGUUCAGAGCAGUUCCAGGACCCUUGAAACAAACAUCGGGCUUUGCCAGCAGCAUAACAAUACAGGCAGUGGAAGAAUCCCGCAGGACUGUAUGCCAGCCCCCUGCUCUAUAAAACAGGGUAAUCCUGGGCGGAGAAGCCAGGAGGUCAGAGCUCCGAAGGGUAAAACAAAAUCUGACCCAAGUGAAGUGCUUGCCUCCGAGCAGGGCAGCAGUGACCUCCAGAGGCACUUGCGCUCCCCUCCCGGUGCCGCGGCGGCCCGGCCGUGCUGGGAAGCGCCGUCGCUGCGCAGGCGGGCGGGCAGCAGGCUGCAGGCUCCUGUGCCGGAGAGCCGCGGGCAUCGGGGAACGGAGACCAACGUGGACACCGGGCUGGCCGUGGGGAGCCCCGGGAGCGGCCGCUGCCCGCUGAGCCGGUUCCCCAGGGCCCUGCGGAGCAGCCUCCUGCAGCUGCCAGCCCCCAGCGCCGCGGCCGGCGCUGCCCUGCCCGCCCCGGCGCUGCGAGCCGCGGCCGGGAGCGGCAAAGCGGCGCACGGAGCUCCGGGCUGCUCCCCGCAAACACCGCGGGCCGGCCCGGCACAGCGAGCGGAGCACGAGGAGGAGGAAUUCUUUAUAUGACUGAAACAAACGUGCCUGAUGGACUCAUCCUUGCCGAAGGACAGCAGAGCGCUUUUGCAUGUGCUGCGACUGCUGCUGCUCAGCGUGUACAUCUGUCGUUGUGACAUCCCACUAGGGGUCACUGAGGCAGACACUGAAUUUCCAUGGAGAGAUGCUAAGGAGGCUGCAGGAGAAAUAACACUGUAUUUACAGAAAGCUGUUGUUUUGGUUUGUUUUUUUAACGCAGAAUAGAUGAGGGGUAUGUUGCACAAUGAAUAGGAAUAAGCCAUGUGACUCCUACAGCUGUUCUAAGAAGCUAAAAAAUAGACAGUGACAUCUUCAGAUGGGUUUUGAAGGUGCAGCUUGGCUGAGCUGCCCAAGCAGCUGCAUGCCCCCAGCCGUGGGGACUCACCAUCCCUUGCUAGGACUUACUGGAACAAGCUCCUGGCAUGGUCCCAGUGGACAUGCUGGUUUUCCUUUGUGUUCCUUCUUGCUUUCCCUGUUGUUGGUCUUUAAAAUCUAUCAAUGUUGUCAAUUUUAUGCAAGAUUUGAAACAUAAGAAUAUUCUUUUAAAUAUUUCUCCAGAGAAAUAUUUCUAGCAAGACCUUUUUCCCACCUCAGCACAGUACAUGCAUAAACCACAUACUUGAAGAGAAAUGCCAGUAAAACCUGCUGCUGCCUAUUCAUGUGACACUUAAAAUAAAAACAGCAACAGGCCAGGCUUUGUUAAACCGGUGUGCAAUUAGCAGGCAAUCCUAGCUGGGUUUUAAUUAACAGAAGACAAGAGA